AUGAUUGGAAGUAGAAAUAGAUGUGUUGAUUGGAUUGGGAAGUUGAAGAGUAUUAUAUCUCAAAAACAUUCUAAUGGUGAGGUUAUUACAAUUGAUCAAUAUAAUGAACCAAUUGUUAUUGUUGAUAAAGAAAAAGCUGAAGAAUAUGAUUAUAAAAAAGGACAUUGA